AUGGGCUCAUCUACUCCCACUGGAAUCGAGCGCCGGAAGCUCCGGAGAGGCACGACAAGCUGCUGGGAAUGCAAACGACGCAAGACCCGGUGCCAUUUUGAGCAGAGUAGCUCCAGCGCCUGCGUGUCUUGUAAGCGUCGCGGAUCCAAGUGUGUCCUUCAGCACAUCGAGGAGUGUUUGGGGACACAGGCAGCAGAGCAGCCGAAUCAUCAUGCAAAUGCUGGAGAGCGAAUGGAACACCUCGAGGGCAUGGUUGAUCAACUUGUACAUCAGUCAACCACUCACAGUGCUUCGAACCAGAAUCCUUGCCCCCUAAACCGAAACAACUCGGCACAGCAAGUCAAAAAAUUGACAAGUACUUCCAACCCUCCACGCAAACUCCUCCCCAAGCUGGACAAGGCGCCAGAAAGGAGCUCUGCUUCCUCACUCGACAAUGGAUCCAAGUCAUUGAUUUCAUCAACUCAUCAGUCUCGCCAAGAAAUGAUGGCCCGCGGUUCACUACUCCCACUAGACCCAAUCAACGGCUCGCCUCGAUGCAGUUCGCUCACUCUCCUAUUACAAUCCAUACUCCCGUCUGUCAGCAUCACCACUCGUAUCAUGCAUCACAACAAGGUUUUGAUGAUGUCCAUGCAUGUGUUUCGAGGCUUGUCCACGGAUCCUUUCCGACUUGCUCCUCCUCGCCAAAUCACCCGCCCAACAUCUUCAACGGCAAAUCCCAAACCAAUUGAUCUAGCCCGGAGUCUCUUUCAACUCGCCAUUUGCCUCCAGCAGUCGGAGCGCACAUCUGAGAUUUCCGAAUUAUGCCUUGAUCGCUCCAAUACUGACGUUGCAGAUCAAUAUUUUGAGGCUGCUUCCCGCUACGUCACCUCACAAGACGCGCUUGUCGUCUCGCCUGAAGGGAUAGAGACUUUGAUGCUGGAAGGUUUAUACCAUGUUUCUACAGGUCAAACGCGACUGGCAUGGCUCGUGUUCCGCCGAGCCUUGAGUAUUGCUCAGCUGAUGGGCCUGCACAUACCACAAGUACGGCGACAAAAUAAGCAACGCAAAGCUACCAAUGGCCAAACACCAAUAUGCCUCAAGACUCUAUGGUUUCGGCUCAUAUUCAUGGAUCGUUAUAUGGCUUUGGUGCUCUGUCUUCCAAUGUCCGUUAAAGACGAUAGUUUUAUGCAAGACUUCGUGCCAGCAGAACCUCAUGAGAAAAUGGAGCGCACUCAGGCCGUACUUACAAGUCGCAUCAUAUCUAGAAACGAAUUGAUGCAACACGGGCAACUGACAGACGAUCUCUUCUAUAACCAUUACAACGAGACCAAAGACAUCGAUUACGAGUUGAAGCAGGCGGCGCGAUCCCUGCCUGCAGACUGGUGGGCCUUUCCACGGCUAAAGGAUGCCAAUACGAAUGCAGAGCUAAAGGACAUGACUGUCAAGGUCGUUCUUCAACUGCAUUAUUACAAUCUUGUGCUGUUACUUCACCUACCAUAUGUUUUGCCGCGCAUCAGAGAUUGUCUUACCGACGAGGCGGCGCCAGACUAUACAAAUUCUAAAAUCUCCGCCAUGUAUGCAAGCCGCGAACUACUCACCCGAUCUAUUGUCCCGAUCGGUCGCAACCGCGUGACAUCUUCGAACCGCGGAAACUCUCUCAAAAUCAUUCUUUCUGCUCUGACUCUUUUGCUAUCACACUUGGACAGUCAUCGGCUUGGCCGCGAGAACACCGUUGAUCACCAACGCCCAGGAGAUUUGCUGCUAGUUGAGCGCGCCAUUAGCAGCUUGGACGCUGUGUCUCAUAAACAUGACGAUGUUCUGUGUGCCUCUGCGGUACAAGCCUUGAAGAAACUAAGCGCUAUUGAGGCAUCUGCAGCAGAUGGGUUGGGCUAUAGUGCAUGGAGUGAGCCCAGCGAGGUGAUGGAAAUGGAGUGCACUGUUCGAGAAGAAGCAGGCAACAUCGAAAUGGAGUUUCCAUAUAUGGGAACUAUUCAUAUUCUGCGGCAAGAUUCUCAACAAGGGGCACCGAGAAAUAUUAUCGGAUCCCGCAAAGGAGCAGAGACAGGGAAUUUGGCUGGUAGUCUUCUGGCUUCGUCUUGGGCGUGGGAUGAUUCUCCUUUGUCCUUGUUGCCUGAGCUGGCCUCUACUGCCUCGAGUGUCGAUGAGGCACACGACACAUUCCACAAGACGUGGAGUCUCCAAAGCGGCAAUCUCAAGUGUAUAGACGAGAUUCCAGAACCGCAACGAUUUUUACAAGACCUGGAUUUCAGGGAUGGGAUUUGA